AAAGCAAUCAACCACCAGCAGCUCGUUAAAUCCCCAAGCUAUACUGUUCGUUUCACGGUUUCACCCUACCAGCACCCGGUAGAGCGGCAUGGCAGCACUAGGAGUACCACCACCAGUAGGAAUCUGUCAGCGACUAUACAAAGACCGUGGCCAAAAAUCUCCUCCAGUCCAGCACUGCACCAGUGAGAGCCAGCCGCCAUGUGCUCUGAGCAGUGACAAACAGAGAAAUAGCAGAACGGCGUUCGGGUUGCCACUUACGGUUACCAUCCAUCACUGUUGCAAUAAAAACUACACCGCCCGGCCACAUGGGCGUGCAGCCGCCCGGCAGCCUUUCUUUCCCCUUGGAGGCCGCAGGAUCAGUUCCGGCUUGGGUCGUCUUCCCUUUUCGCCUGCUACCCUUACGGCCGUGGCACAUGCGCGUAACGUGUAACCACCCGUGUACGGUUGCGCACAGGGGCAGCACGCGCGCAGUGUGAGAGGCGGAGUAGUUCUGUGACUAGGGUGGCUCUUGCUCCUGGAGCAGAGGUUGGCACGGAGCCAAGUUGGUACCGGUGUCGGGUGCCCAGUUCCAGCCCUUGGCUUUUCCUCCAAAUUCAUGCAACGACACCAGGCUUUGCCCCAGGUACCUGUGACUCGGGUGCUGGGGCCUGGGGGCGCCGCAUGUGGCCGGGGCCGAAGCUGAACACAACCCGACCCCGUGAACCAUCAGUGACGGCCAGAUGGGCCCCCCCUGCCCUGCUGCCCGAGCACGUCUUGACCGGACCUGACCAGCGAAGCCCCGGCCGGCCCCCGCAUGGAUGCGUGCACGCCGCGCCGGAAGGACACGGCGGCCGAGACGGCCCCGGCCGGGUCACGUCGCAUCUCACCCCGCCCUCACAAACUCGCCGUCGCGGUCGCGGCGCCAAAUCCGGCUCCGGUCCGCUGUCACAGCCACGCGGCCGGUGGGUCGGUGACGGCGAGCGAACGGGGCCGAGACCGACGGGGGCGCGGCGCUGGCGUCGGCUUCGCCACCGGACGGGACCGGCGGUUGCGUGCUCGGGCGCCGGGGCUUUGUCAGCGUCGUCCUCGCGGUCGAUCGUCGCGUGGGUCGAUCAUUUGGCUGAUGGCAACGCGCAACCGUAUCAUUCGCGCGUCGCCAUGGGAGAGCAACGAAACAGUUCCCAAUCACUCCGCGACGGUCUUUAGAGCCGUCGAAGUUGAAGCCACCAUUCGGUCGUCAGGGUCGCGGCGUCGUGCGUCACGGAACGCACGGGCACGGGCCGCGCCGGCGGUCAGGGACCACGGGCGGGCGGUGGUCCAGCGGCCCCAGCCCGUGUGGCACUAGUCGUCCUACCACCUACUCCACCUAUGCAUGCAUCUACCUACACAACACAAGCAGCGUGUGCCGUGUUGGAUGCAGACGAAUCCACCACGAGUCCAUCAAUCAUCAUCCCCGUCCGUCCUGGACGCAGCGGCCGGGCACUGCCACUGCAUCUCUUUCGUCCGGCUCCAUCCGGUUAUCAACAACAGUCACACGGGUGUGGUCGAUCGAUGCUCCCACUGCCGGUGCGCGCCGCACGCCUUCAAUUCAAGCAACUUGCAUCGCAUUCAUCUAAUCUGGCUUUUUUUGACGGAACCAGCCAGCGCUGGCUCCAACCAGCCAAAAAAAGCGCAGCCGAACGGGCUUGAUCAUCUGCUCUAUCUUCUCCAUUCAGUACCUGACGGCCGCGGCACAGUGCCCAACGCUGCAGCCGCAGUACAACACGAGUACACGACACAGUCUUAUCCUCUAGCACACGGCCAAGUCGCACUUGUAACUAUCCCCAACGGGCUGGGCGUGCUCUUCGCGGUGGCGCAGCUGGUCCUCUACGCCAUCUACUACAAGUCCACGCAGCAGAUCAUCGAGGCGCGCAAGCGCAAGGCCGGCCAGGUCGCCCUGACCGAGGUCGUCGUCGACGCGCCCGCCACCGCCAGGGGCACCGGCCCCAACGCCCCCGCCACCAGCACCGGCGGCUACUGAUGCCGGCGGGGGCGCACCGGCGGCGACCGGGGAGAACUAAGCAGCGGCCACCGUCUUCCUUCUCUCUCCUUCCCGAAGGGAUGGAUGGAUCGAACGAUGCCUUCGCAUCCUGUGAUAAAUACGCUGCUGUCGCCGCCGUCCUCGCCGCUCCGAUUUUAGAUUUUGCUUCCUACCUACUACUAGUAACCAUGAGGAAGAGAGGGGAAAAAAAGACAUGAGAAAAAACUCCAGAACAAGGGCUGCACUGCACCUGCUGUGCUUACCUUUUUAAUCGCAUAUAUGAUCAUCUCCUGGUGCGGUGUUACAGCUGCUGUUAUUGGAGGGCCUUUUGCUUGUU